AUGUUAAAAUGGCUUCAAAAAUGGUAAGUUAACUGUAUCCUCCUACCCUACCCUACCCUACCCUACCCUACCCUACCCUACCGUACUCUACCCUACCCUACCCUACCCUACCCUACCCUACCCUAUCCUACCCUAACAUACCAUACCCUACCUUACUCUACCUUACCUACUUUAACAUAUGUCUUACUCUUGUCCUAUCUUACUUUAUUUAGUUUUCCCCCCCCCCCCCCCCCCAGAAAAAAAGUUGCGAAAAUAAUCAAUCUUGCUUUCUUCUGUAUAAUUUUAGAAAAAAUUUUUUUGCAACAAAUCAGCUAGCUACUUGUAUCGAUUUGUUCGACCCUCCUUCCCAGACCAAAAGUCCCCUUUCCCCCGGCUUUGACAGUAGCCUAAUUUUACCCUAACGUUCUCACCCAUGCCUACAGUAAUUAAGAAAACCAAAAAAUCUUUAAAAAAUUAGUAAAUUGUUAACCUAGUAAAAAAUUAAAUUUCUUAAAAUUUUAGUACACGACAAUACGUCAUGAUACCUACAAUGCUAGCAACGAUUGCCUUGGCCCAGUUUAAUAGUAGUAAUAUUAUUGAACUUCCAGUCAGCCGGUUCCCAGAGCCUAAAUGUAGCUAUAAUGUGCUUCAUAACGACCGGUAUGGUUCUCCGGUCAACGGGUAAGACUUAAUUAACUAUUACAAAAUAUUUUUUAAAAAUUUUUUUGUGUUUUGGCUUUUUUUUGUAAAAUCAAUAAUUUUUGUGACAUUUUGUUAAAAAGUCGAUAAAUUUUGUGACAUUUCGUUUAAAUUAAAAAUAUAUAUGUAACCCGGGUUAAAUCACGCGUAUUUUACUUUCUUGCUUUGAGAUUAAUUGUUUUGGCACUUUUUAAAAAACCGAUAAUCUUUGUGACAUUUUGUCGAAAAAUCUAUAUAAUUUGUAACAUUUUGCCAAAAAUAAAUUUACCAAAAAAAGCCAAAAAAUAGCCAUAAAUAUCACAUUUUUUGCAGAAAAAUAAACAUUGGUGACCCAUUGUACCACAAAUGGGACUGUAAUUAUGGUGAACGCGGCAGUGUAGACAUUUACUGUAUGAUGGUGCACAGUUGUACGGUAACAACACAACGUCAAACUCAACCGGUCGAAAUUAUUGACGAGUUUGGUUGUACAUUAUUUCCACAAGUUAUUAGUAACAUAAAAUACGACAGUGACUUGACUGGUGGCUUGAGGGUUCAAGCGUUUUCACUUGAUGUGGAUGAGGUAGGAAAUAAUAAGUUUUGUGACAUUUUGUUUACUAUGCAUCAUUUUCAGACAGAAAAAUUUUUAAAACGUGAUUUUUAUGCAAAUUUACCACCACAAAAUUAAUUUUAAAAAAAUUUUACGUUUUUUAAAAAUUGACAUUUCGUCAACAUUUUUAUCGGUUUUUUAUAUUUUGAUUAUUUUUCAAAAGUUUAGCUCAAAAUUACAGUAAAAUGUCAUUUUUUAUAAAUAAAAGUUUAAAAAGUUACAUUUCGUUAAAAUUUUAAUUGAUUUUUUGACAUUUUGUUAAAAAUUUUAAAAAAUUAAAAAACUGCCCUGUUGCCGUUUUUAAGAAUAACUUUUUCAGCCAGCCAUCAACUUCCGUUGUAGUAUAAAAUUACUGUUGAAGCUAAAUGGUAUUUGUCGACGGCCACAAUGUGCUGUUCAAGCAGCUGACUGGGUACGAAAAAGACGCUCGAUUAGUCAAUUUGAUCGUAAUUUGGCAUGA